AAAAUUGCACGAGACGGUGGCGUAUAAACAAAACAAAAUUGGUUAUUUCUUUUUGAAUUAAUACACGAACUUUGUUUCUCUAGCUCUAGAUUUAAAAUUGUUGUUAAAUAAAUCUAAAUUCAUUAUUUAAACACAAAACACAUUCAUUUCAUUAACAUCUAUCAAAAUGUCUGUUGAAGAACUAAAUGGUUCUGAAUUGGGAACCAAAGAAUAUUGGGAAAAGAGCUACCAACGAGAAAUUCGAAAUUAUAAAAAUCAUGGUGAUGUUGGAGAAAUUUGGUUCGACGAGGAUUCUCAAUUGCGUGUUGUCAAUUGGAUCAUGAAGCGGGAUGAGGAGAUUGCCGACGAUGCAAAAAUUAUAGAUCUUGGAUGUGGAAAUGGAAUGCUCUUAGUUGAGCUUGCUCGGGAAGGAUACACUCAAUUAGUUGGAAUAGACUAUUCACCCAAAGCUGUUGAACUUGCUACAAACAUUGCUACAGAUCAAGAGCUCAACAUAAAAUACCAAGUUGCUGACUUACUUGAUGUUGCCGAUUGCCAAAAGUUAGGCAAAUUCAAUGUCAUCCAUGACAAAGGAACCUACGAUGCAAUAAGUUUAAAUCCAGAAAACCCCAAAGAAAAACGAGAAGCAUAUUUAGACUGUGUCCGAAAUAUGAUGGAUGAGGAUGCAUUCUUUAUUAUAACUUCCUGCAAUUGGACAGAGGAAGAGUUAGUUUUAAGUUUCAGUGAAAAAUUUAUUAAAUUCUGCUCAAUACCAACACCAACUUUUAAAUUUGGUGGGAAAGUUGGAAGUGUGGUAACUUCGUUGGUUUUUAAGAAAAAGAUUUGAACUAUUUGAAUAAAAACAAAAUACUAAUUAAAUUAAA